GUGGAAGGCCUGAAAUAGUCUCUUGAUGAUGUCAAAGGGUGCUUUUGGGAGGACUGUUGGAAGUCAAUCAGUUGGGGAGCUGUCUUGCCAGCGCUCAGUUUGAGCUUCAAUCCUGAGAGAGACAUUAUGUAUGGACUGCUGUGUGAGAGUCUUCAUGACUUCAUCAAGGAGUCGUAUGGAGACGAUGUGUGGAAGCUGGUCAGAGAGAGAGCUGAUGUCAGGUUACACUCCUUUGUCACCCACCAGGUGUAUAGUGAGAGUGUGAUUCCCCGUAUUGCAAAGGCAGCCAGUGGAGUGACAGGCACACCCUACAAUGAACUGAUGAACUCCUGGGGUGUCUACUUCCUGGGAUUUGUAGGGAAAUAUGGCUAUGACAGGAUCCUCAAGGUGCUGGGCCGUCAUGUACGUGACUUUGUCAAUGGCCUGGACAACCUUCAUGAAUACCUGCGCUUCAGCUACCCCAAAGUGCAGCCCCCAACCUUCUUCUGCCAGGAGGAGUCUGCCACUGGAGUCACCCUCCACUACAGGAGUAAACGCAAGGGCUACCUGCACUACGCCAUGGGUCAGCUGAGGCAGAUGGGGAAGCAGUUCUACGACACAGACAUCCAUGUGGAGGUGCUGUCUGAGCAGAUGGUGGGAGACUACUCUCAUGUCACCAUGAGGCUGAACUUUGACAACUCGGCUUACCGCUACAUCAUGAAGGAGGAUGAGGAAGAGCAGGAGAUUCUGCCAAUUACCUCAGACUUCUUCUUUGAGGUGUUCCCCUUUAACAUCGUCUUCAGACAGGACAUGGUGGUGCACAAUGUAGGCUCAGGCCUAGCCACAGUCUUCCCUGAUCUGGAUGGAAAGAAGAUCAACGAUGCCUUCUUGCUGGCUCGCCCCCUAGUGGAGUUCACCUGGAACAUGAUUAUCUCCCACCCCAACAACCUGUUUGAGAUCAUGUCCAAGGAGCCUGUGAAGAGAGAGAGGAACCUCCACAACCGAGUCCAGAAUUCUGACUAUGAAAAUGCCAAUCGCUCUGCUGACGUAGAUGUGGAGCUCAUGGCUUUCCAGUCCAUCAUUGGAGAUGAUUACAAAGACGGUAACAGCGCUAAUGCCAUGGAGAGCUGGGGCGAUGGGAGCCGCUGCCUGAAACUAAAAGGACAAAUGAGAUACAUGCCAGAGUGGGAGUCCAUCAUUUUCCUGGGAACCCCUGUGAUGGAGAGUCUGAGUGCUAUGUUUAAGACCGGCCUGUACAUCAAUGACCUGAGCAUGCACGACUCCAGCAGAGACCUGGUGCUGGCAGGCACGCAGCAGUCAGAGGAGCUGAAGAGAGCUCUCAUACAGGAGCAAAAGAAGUCCAGUAAACUAGAGGAGAGCAUGAAAAUGUUGGACUACGAGAUGAAGAAGACUGAUGACCUUUUGUACAGGAUGAUUCCCAAGCCGGUGGCAAAAAGGUUGCGCAAAGGAGAACCGGCUGUAAACACUUGUGAGGUGUUCCCAGAUGUUACCAUUCUUUUCAGUGAUGUGGUUGGGUUCACCCGCAUUUGCAGCCACAUUACUCCAAUGCAGGUGGUCUCCAUGCUAAACACCAUGUACACUCUGUUUGACACGCUCAGUGAGAAGCACCGAGUCUUCAAGGUUGAGACCAUUGGAGAUGCCUAUAUGGUGGUAGCCGGGGCUCCAGAGAAGACCAAGUAUCACGCUCAUAACAUCUGUGACAUGGCCUUGGACAUGGUGCGCUCCAUCGAUCACCUGAAAGACCCCUCAAACGGCAACAACAUACAAAUCCGUGUUGGCAUCCACUCUGGGAUGGUCGUCGCAGGCGUGGUAGGACAUAAGAUGCCGCGUUACGGUUUACAUGGGGACACAGUCCACACUGCGUCUGCCAUGGAGAGCAACGGAAAGGAGAUGCACAUCCAGCUCAGCAGUGCCACUUACGAGCACCUGAAAGGAAGUCAUUUCAUUUUUGAAAGGAGGGGCAUCAUUACUAUUAAGGGGAACGUUGAGAUUGAGACCUACUGGCUUAAAGGAAAGAGGGACAAAGAUGGGAAUGCUCAAGCGGCAUGUCCUCAGUUUGAGACCCAGACCAUCAGCAAAGCCAUCAGCAAGGCCACCAUCUCAGCACCUGAGGCCACAGGGGAUGAGGAGGGACUGGUUUUCCCACUGGUUGCAGGGGAGGACGAGGAUGAUGUCAAGUCCAUUCGUUCUCACCGUAUAAAGAUGGAGAUUUCAGGCCAUUCUCUGGAGGAGUCGAUGGAGGAGUGCCGGGUGGAGGAGAUGUCUGUUCAUAAGUCCCACUAUAAGGACGCUUUGCAGGACGGCCUCCAGGAUCCUCUCCUGGAACUGGACUCGCCUGAGUCCAACAGUAGAGAAUCCAUCAUGGAGUCCCACGACAGCUCCUGUGACUCCCGCUGCUCCAAGAGCGCCAUGUGCACCAUGUCAUGAAACGCAACAUACUAAUGGUGCACAAUCAGACGCCAACUGAUGCUAUAGCCAGUAAUUCAUACAUAUCACUGUUUCUAAAGCGCUUUUUGUACAACUCACUCAAAGCACUGAAUGUUACGCCAGAUAGGAAUGCUGUAGGAAUUUGUCUUUUUGACCAUUGAUGCUAGAGGUGACAAAGCUCUUAUGGUGAUGCCAUGACAAUCUCUAAUGAUGUGUUAUUUGUACACACACUAGUUUGUAAUACUUGAUGUUUCCAGUGGCCUUUGCGUGGUGUUACAUUGCACAACCACAAGUGUUAAUUUAACACUUGUGUGAGCUGACCCUUCACCAAUUAAUACCUCACACCAGUAACCUCAAAGCCACUAAAAAGUCAACACUGGGAAAUUUGCUGUGUACUCAAUGUGUAAUUUGUUUUAGUACCCAAAAGUGUUCACUGCCAUGUGGUUCAGCUGGACACAAGCUCAGUUAUUUCCUGCACUGUUUGUUCUGCUGCACCUUGUCUUUUUUGACAUCUUGUUUCAUCCUGUGAAGAAAUGACUCUGAAUCUUGCCUCCAUCCCUCUUCCUCGCUCUCCCCUUCAUCUCGCAUGUCUGAAUCAUUGUUCUGUAUCAGUCUCAUCGAAUACACAACCACAGCACACUGUAAACGCUUGUCAGCUCGGAAGAAAAUAAAGUGAGAGGACUGCUGA